UAAUUUGACAAGUUGACAACAGACAAAAUGUAUUUUGCAAUUUUUGCAUUUUAUUGAUGAAUAUUUUAGUUUUAUUUCUGUUUAAUUAGAUAAUUAAAGUGUAUUACUCAAUUUGAAUUUAAAAAACUGGAGCUAUUUUAGUUAGUUUGUGUUAUUAUUCAGAUAAUGGCAGAACAACAUGAUGAAAAUUUGUUACCGGAAAUGUUGCCUUUAUACUACACAAGACACUUCCCACAAAAUAUAUUUUGUCGAUGGCUUGCAUGUGGAAGCAAUCCCAAGCCUUUGUCCAACAGAGAGUUGUCAUUCACUUUAGCAGAUGAUGUUUAUUUACGAUAUUUAUCGAUUAAUGACCAAAAGGAAUUCCAAACAUUAUUACAAAAAAAAUGUCCACAAAAGCUUGACAUUGGUGCAGUUUAUAACAUCAAGCCGUCCAUAGGUCGUCAUGAUGCAGUGGUUCUCGCCAGGGAGCUAGUGUUUGAUAUUGAUCUCACAGACUAUGAUGAAGUGAGGACAUGUUGCCAACAAGCUAAAGUUUGCGAUAAGUGUUGGAAAUUCAUGGUUGUAGCCUGUGAAAUUAUUCAUACAGCUUUACAAGAUGAUUUUGGUUUUCAAAACAUUCUAUGGGUAUUCUCUGGGAGGCGUGGUGUACAUUGCUGGGUGUCAGACUAUGAAGCCAGAACAUUGGACAGUCCUGGCAGAGCUGCGGUUGCAGAUUACCUGUGCCUUAUAACAGGUGGAGAGAAUUUGAAUAAAAAAGUACACCUGACUAAUGAUUUACAUUCCAGUAUUAGGAGAUCCCUUACCAUAAUUGAUAAAUAUUUUGAAGAAAUCCUUCAGGACCAAGAAUUUAUCUCUUCUACUGAAGGGUUAAAAAGUUUUUUGAAAAUGAUCCCCGAUGAGGCAUUAAAAACACUAGUGGAAGGGAAUUUAGAACGAAUGCACAAAUCGUCACUUGAGAGAUGGGAUGGAUUUGUUAAUACUUAUAGCCAGUAUUGUAAAGAAAAUAUAAAUGCUAUACGAAAAAUGAAAUAUUUAAUCGAAGAAAUAAAGAUUCAGUACUGCUAUCCAAGAUUGGAUGUUAAUGUGACUAAAGGCUUUAACCAUUUAUUGAAAUCACCAUUCAGUAUACAUCCCAAGACUGGGAAGGUAUCCGUGGUAUUUAAACCCGAACAAGCAAAAAGUUUGAAGUUAGAAGAGAUACCAACCAUAUACUCCCUCCUGGACGAUGGUGCUCCAGACAAUGUUCAACAUCAAAGCAAUAUGAGGGUAGCUGUGAAAAACUUCCAAGAACUUGUGUUUUCUUUGGAGAAAGCAGAAGCUAUUAGGAGAAAAAAUGAUGCAAAUGCAUCAAUUUUGGAGUUCUAAAUGUAAAGGGAAGUUCGCAUAAUAAAAGUACAAUUGUGUGAUAAAACUUUAUUGAAAUUACGCGCAACAGGCUCAAUGUGCACAUAUUGUCUGUAUAAAAUGUCUAUAUAAAAUAAAUAAAUGAAAAACCA